GACAUGAACAGGGAGGUGGUGAAGACUGACUGUGCCACGGCUCGAAUUCCAGAGCUGGACUUUGAGAUCCCUGCCUUCACCCAGAAGGGAGUUCUUACCACUAUUGAAGGGAUAAUCGACAGAGCUGUCGCGGGCCUUGAGCAGGACCAGCCUGUCCGCAGGGCAACGGACAAAGAGGUGGCAAGUAAAAUAGAUGAGUUCAUUGGUAAACUAAAGCAGCUGAAAGAAGUGCGUUCCUCCUUCACCUUUAUCAUUGACGAUCCUUCGGGGAACAGCUUUGUGGAGAACCCUCACGCACCGCAGAAGGAUGAUGCUCUUGUGGUCACUCGCUACAGGAGGACUCCCCAGCAGGCUGCCAUGCUGGGCCUGGAGGGAGAGGAGUCGGACGAGAAGCCAGCUGACCCCACGGAGGAUCUGAGGAAUGAGGUACUGCAGUUCAACACCAACUGCCCUGAGUGCAAUGCUCCAGCUAACACCAAUAUGAAGUUAGUGCAAAUCCCACACUUCAAGGAAGUGAUUAUUAUGGCCACAAACUGCGACUCCUGUGGGCACAGGACAAACGAGGUAAAGUCCGGAGGAGCUAUUGAACCACAGGGCACCAGGAUUACCCUUCGGAUUACAGACCCUUCUGACAUGACGAGGGAUAUCCUAAAGUCAGAGACGUGCAGCGUGGAGAUCCCGGAGCUGGAGUUCGAGCUGGGGAUGGGAGCGCUGGGGGGGAAAUUCACCACGCUGGAAGGGCUGCUGAAAGACAUCGGAGACCUGGUCGAGAGAAACCCCUUCACUCUGGGGGACAGCUCUACGCCCAGCAAAACGGAAAAACUGCGGGAGUUCCUUGGGAAACUGCAUGAGAUCCUGGAGGGAAAGACGAAGGCUCACUUCAUCAUGGAUGACCCUGCAGGCAACAGCUAUCUGCAGAACGUGUACGCCCCGGAAGAGGACCCGGAGCUGAAAGUGGAGCGCUACGAGCGCACGUUUGAGCAGAACGAAGACCUGGGCCUGAACGACAUGAAGACGGAGGGCUAUGAGUCGGAGGGA